AUGAAUAAAGCAACUUUCUACAGUCAGGCUUCAAGGUAUUUGCAGACGCCAGAAAUGCAAUCCUUUGUCAAGCACCGCCUACAGUUUGCAAGGAGAUGUAUACUGAUUCAGUGUGGUAUCUCAACUAUGCUGCACUUGCAUCAUAGAAGAGUUUCUGCUUUGGGGAUACGAUAUUUCACUCAAUCAGCAAGCUUACAUCAAAUACCAACCAGCACAAACCAGGAAAAGGGCAACAUCACCGAAUCAAAGAAGAUCACAAAAGCUGCACUUCUUGCUCAGGCUGAUUCCCGUUUGAGCAGGCUUUGGAUCAAUGUCAAAUGGCCGUUGGUUAGGGGUAGCAAAACUUCCAAAUUAGACAUUUCCUCAGCGUUUAUUUCGGGUAUGGUUAUGGGGAACCUAUUGUGGAUUAUUUUAGGAACUACAACAUUUGGACUAAUGGUGAUGUAUUCGCUCCAUUAUUUGGAUAAUAUCAUUGAUAGUGCUAAGGAGAAAACGCCAAAGAAUAGUAUUUUUGGUUACAUAUCUGGAAGCAUCCUAUCUCAUGGUUUAGGUGUCAAUUUGCAAUUUGAGAAGGGGGCUUUACCGGAGUUUAAGGAUGGCAAAUUGAGACUCAGGAAUGUUACUGUUACAUCUAAAGAUGAUGCUGAAUACAAAGUACAUGCAAAAGUUGAGUCUAUGAAUGUUACCUUGUCAUUCAACAAGUGGUAUGAAGGUAACGGGUUAGUCUAUGACCUCGAGCUAUAUGGGUUGAAUGCUAAAGUAAGCAAGGACGCAAGCCCAACCACAACAUCAAGAAGAUACUUCAAUGUUGACAAAAAUUACCUCCUUGAGCACGUUAAAAUAUACGACUCCUUUCUUGAAGUUGAUGAUGGAAGUCCAGGAGAAUCUAUGCGGAUCAAUAUUUUCAACUGUGAUUUGCCUAAAUUCAGAGGUGAUCAACUUGUUUUGGACUUUUUCAAUGCCAACAAUGCUAGCGGGGCAAUCAAUAACUCGUUAUUCACCAUCCACAAGAGACAAAGCUUGGACCCACAGAAUAACCCUGAUGAUAAGCUAAUCAGGUUUAAAUUGGAUGCUAUUGAUUUGGGGACAAUCACAAAAUCUAAUCCUAGACUGAAGUUCAACUGGAUUGUUAAUGGGAAAGCCGAAGUGACUGCUGAUAUAACCCUCCCAAAAGACAAAGAAAGUGAGCAAUCGAUUGGAGAUGUGGUGGGUAAAUUAUUUAAAAAUAUAUCGAACAUGAACUCAUCCAUUGAGAGAGGGCACGAUGAUUCUUUACUCAAGGAUGCCAUCAAUGCUAUCUACCAUACUUUCAAAAGAGAACAAGAGGAGGAUUUAAACGAGUCAUAUGUGAUGGUUAAUGUCAAGGUUAAACUAUGGGACUUGCAGGCAAGUUUACCUCACAAUUUGCCAAUGUCAGCAAAUUCAACACCAUACGUCUCAUUAUCCGAUUUACGCUCAUUAAUUGGAUAUGUAAAUCAAGAAACAUUACCAAUCACCUUAAAGUCUACAAUAAUUGAAAAAACUUCCCAAUUGCAAGAUAUUGAACAUUUAGGUCAAACAAAGAUGUUUGAUGGUAUUGUUGCUGAUAUGUAUGAUGAUUUAAUGUCUAUGGUUAAAGAUGAUGAACAAAGAAUCAUUCUGACCAAAACUUGGGCUAGCGCUAUUGCCACUCAAUUAUUAGUCUUGGGAUUAGGUGCACUUGCAUAA